UUGGCCCGCGCAGCACGCUGGCGCUGCGAAGUGAUGACAGGGUCACACGUGGACGCUGGGUGGCUUCUUCAGGGGUAGCGCCGCGAUGCCGGGCAAGACGCAGAUGCCGAGUCUGGACCAGGCUCCGCCGGGCAGAUGCGAAGCCAUCGUAGUCCAAGCUGUCCAUGCCGUCAAUCAAAACCCAACAUAUCCUCCAUUUCCAGAAGGAAUGCAAAUGGCAAUAUUUGGCAUGGGAUGUUUCUGGGGAGCAGAAAUGUUUUGGAAGCUGUCGGGGGUCUUCUCCACACAGGUGGGAUUCUCAGGAGGCUUCACCGCCAAUCCUACCUACAAAGAAGUCCUCAGCGGGAUGACAGGACAUGCGGAAGUGGUCCGUGUAGUGUUUGAUCCACAGAAAAUCAGCUAUGAAAAACUCCUCCAAUUUUUCUGGGAGAACCAUGAUCCAACCCAAGGAAUGAAACAAUAUGAAGACAUUGGCACCCAGUAUCGCUCGGCCAUCUACGCUAUCGGAACAGAACAAUUGGUAUCUGCUUUAAGAUCCAAGGCAAUGUAUCAACAGGAGCUGGCUAAGAAGCAACUGGGACCAAUAACGACUGAGAUUCGGGAGGCUGGCGAAUUCUACUACGCCGAAGAUUACCACCAACAAUAUCUGCACAAAAACCUGGAUGGCUAUUGUGGCCUGCAAGGCACUGGUGUGGCCUGCCCCGUAGGCAAAUGAGAGUUCCCCAAUGGGAGUAUCCUUGGGAGCUACGGUAAUCAUAACCCUUGAACAGUUACUAUGGCACCCGGCGGCCUAGCAUCUUCGUAAUUCAACUGUGAUUUAGCAAUGGGGGCCUUUGUUCCCUUCUUUUAUGUCUUGUAGGACCCUGUAAGAUUUGGGGAUCAGGUCAAAAAUGGGCAGCCUGCUGGACGAAUUUGCUGUGGAUGUUAAUACUUUGUGUGGGAGAGAUAGAUAUAAUUUCCAUCCAACGCAGAUGUUUGGGAUCGCCUGACAAGGGGCUGAUAAAUAUACAUUAUGCAUUUAUCCUUUUCCUUACCAUCCCUAAGAAAACUGAUGGAGCCAUCUGUGAUUCCUCCAUCUUUGCAGUGAAUUUGGUUAUCCAGCACAGGCAGUCCUCAACUUACAACCACACUUGGGACUAGAAUAUCCAUUGCUAAGCAAAAUAGUCACUAAGUGAAUCAUGCCUGAUUUUACAAUCUUUUUUGCCUUGGUUGUGAAGCAAAUCACUACAGUUAACUGAAUCGUGCAGCCGUUAAGGGAAGGUCACAAAUGAAGGUCCCAUGAGGGUCCCAUCACAUGAGCCUGGGACGCUGCAACCAUCUUCUAUACAUGCCAGGUUGCCCAGCACCCAAGUUUUGAUCUCGUGACCAUAGGGAUGUUGCGAGAGUUGUAAGUACAAAUAUUAGUUGUAAGUCACCUUUUCAGUGCCUUUGUAAUUUGAAAUGAUCACCAAACAUGUAAGUCAAGAACUGCUGCAUUGGUCCCAACCCACUUCCUUAUCUUGCCCUCUGUCUGGGUUGGUAGGGCUUAGAGAAAGAAAACUCUGUAUACCCAAACUUUGCUCUUUUGAUCUGUAUCUGCAAUAGUGGCAAAUAUCUGUAGCUCGGUUGUAGGAUGAUAAAGGCUCGUUCUCUGAGCUUGUGGAUUGGUUUCUGAAUGUUUUGAUACCAGGCUAGGUAACAUCCUCAGCUGAGUUCAGGGGAUGUCAGAGUUCUGUUUAUAAGGGCUUCGGGUGUGGGUGUGUCAAGUGAGGGUCUUGUGAUGGCUCAGGUGUGAAUCAUCAGUGAGAGGCUUGUGAUGGGUCUUGGUUACAUCAGGCCAGGGUCACUGACACUGACAUCCCCUAAACUUCGCUGAAGAUGUCACCUAGCCUGGUAAUGAAACUUUCAGAAACCAACCCACAAGCUUGGAGAACGAACUUUCACCCUAAUUCUAAAUCUGGCACUUGCAAUGAAAAUCUACCUGUCACGCUACCUUCAAUCUACCUCUGCCCAAUGGAUCUUUACAUACUAAAUUCUUCGACAAGGUGCUUAUGAGCUGAACAGAUCUAUAGGCAUCCCUUUUGGCUUGGGACCACUUUCCCAUCUCUCUUCAUUUUUUUUACAAAAUGCAUUUAAAUAUCAUUUCUCUUUUUAGUUACAUUUGCUUGCUUUCUAGGAAAUGAGAAGUUUUGUCUUGUACAAUGGACAAUUUUGGGGACAAUUGUAAAGAAUUGGCAGUUCUUUUGAGAAAGGUGGAAGCUCUUCCUUAUGAAAGACGUUUGGCCAAAGUUCCCUUUAAAGCGCUUAGUUGCCCUCCACCACCAAAUUUUGGACCCUCAUUCUAGUGUUUUACUAAAGCUACAAAACCAUUGGACAGAGACCUAUCUGCUCCACAGAUGCCUUACAAAGUUGGGGUGCCCUCCAGCUGUCUGGAAUUCCCUAGUCAACAAUGCCAGUGCUAAGAAUUUGGGAGGGGGUCCCCACAUUUCUGGAGGAUACCUAUUUCUAGCCAACAGUCAUACACUCUAUUCCACACCUAGGAAGUUCUGAUCAGCUCUCUUAUUCUUGGUUGGCCAUGAAUGCAACUAUGUCUUCAGGAAUCCAUUAGAGUUGAGCGACCGAUAAAUGAAAUAAAUAGGUAUAUUUCAGUGUGAAUACUAAGCUGUGUGUCUAAAUUUAGUGUGGUGCAAAGAACAUACCACUUGCCUCGUCAUCAUGCCAGUAGUGAACACCACCUGGUGUAGAGCUGAUUCUCUCUAUGCCAAGCUCUGGUUCUUCUGUUAGGCAGAAACAGAUUUUGCACAAAGUCCUUUCCUUCUUUUCAAAGCAGGAAACCACAUCAUUUCACAAAAGUGCUUUGAAACAGAGUACCUCUGUUGUGAAGUUGAAUUUGGAAUUAAGCAUUCUUUAAAGUAGAGCUUUUAUAGCCCCCUGGCCACAUCCAGCCCUCUGGCCUUCUCUCAAGCCUGCGUGGAUCACUUUUAUUUUGAAAGUGACUGCCUUCAAAACUAAUUUAAUUUACAUAUGUGCAUGCAUGCAUGUCUACACACCUCACAGCCCUAUUGGUUUGGCCCUUCACACAGUUCCAGUUUCUCAUGUAGCCCCUUGGGAAAGUGUAUUACCCACCCCUGCUUUGAAGAGAUGCAGAGUCCUGGUGUGGUGGAAUGUGGUCUGGAUUCCCAGGGGAGAGGGGCUGCAUUCCAGAGCAGCAAAAGACAGCAAAGUUUAGAUAGUGGGAGAAAGAGUUAAAACAGCUGCUCUGUAAGUGUUCUCAGAGUAUAUUUAAUGGUGCAAGUAGCUGCUUCAGUUUGUCAAGAUUUCUGUCUGUAGGUGAAGAACCAUAAAGGAAAAUGCUUAGAAGAACCUCAACAUGUGUUUCUUAGUUUUUGGACCCUGACACCUGUCAAUUGCUCUCUGUUUUAUCCAAUUCCUGUACUUUUUGUUAGGACAUUAAAAUUGCCUUGUUCCCAAGCCUGAAUUUCAUGAUUGUAACACAAUCUCUCUGAUAUUAACAUGCAACACACAAUUUAAAAUGUAUAUGCUAUUCAUGGUAAAUAUCAAGUAUCAAAUUACUUGCAAGGCAAUUCAGAUUUUUGGAAGGUUGUGUUUUUUUUGUUUUUUGUUUACUUAAGUAAUGAUAUGCAGUACUGUUUUCUGCAGUCAGGUUGGAAUCCUAUAUCUUAAAAAAACAGAAUCCUUAUACAGAAAAAAAUGGUGCCACAAGAGGCAGGAUCAUCCACUUUGAGGAAACUCAAAUAUUUGCAAAAGUAUAAAGUAUCUUGGAGUAGGAAGGACUUACUGCACAGCUGGUGGUUUCGCCUCACUGCUUACAUGAUAAACCGCAUUUUUGUAUAGUAUGAUGGGCAGGCAAGUCAGCUUAGCUUCCUGCCAGUUGGCCAGCUUAGCUUCCAAGCCAGCUGGCCAAUGCAGAGCACCAAAAUUGGCAGCUAGCUGGCAGCCUUCGCAUUUCCUUAUUCUUCUCUUGGUUCAUGUGCUUUUCUCAGUAAGGUGGAAAGGAGACCCCAGCAGGCUUCCCUGGGAAGGGAGGGAGGUUGUGUGUGGCAUAGCCAUGUUAUUGUUAUUGCAACAAUAACCACAGUGCCUUUCCAUAUCGGGAAGAGAGGACCAUCACAGGAGAAUCCUCAUGAAAACAGACUGCUACAACACUCCCAAAAUGCAGCAAAAUUCUGAGUGCAACUUUUCCCCUGGCACAAGAGCUGAGUCAACUUCUGAAGCUCACCGGAAACUGCAGAGAUUCAUGGGGCUAUACAAAGCAAAUCAGCCUCAGAGCUACACAGAGUCCUUGCCUUAUGACCAAACUGGGACCAGAAUUUCUGUUGCUAAGCAAGGUGGUCAUUAAGUGGGUCGCACCUUCUAUGUUUGCUAUGGUGGUUAAGCGAAUUGCUGCAGUUGUUAAGUGAAUGGCAGGUUCGUUAAGAAAAUCUGGUGUUCUGUAUUGACUUUGCUUGUCAGAAGCUGGCUGAGAAAGUCACAAAUGGUGACCACUUGACUCCGGGAUGCUAAACUGUCAUAAAUGCACAUCGGUUGGCAAGCACCCAAAUUUUGAUUGGAGAUGCUGUCGUGGUUGAGGAUUGGUCAUAAGUCAGUCUUUUCAGUGCCAUUGUAACUGAGCAGUCGCUAAAUGAAUAGUUGUAAGUUGGGAACAUCAUUCGCCUGCAUGGAAGGGCCCCGAAGAUGCUUAGGUUACAGGUGUGAUUGUGACUCUAGUGGCUAUUGGUAGAAGAAAGAGAAUUGGAAGAGAAUGUCCCAUGAUAAGACAUGAUAGGCAGGGCAAAAAGCAACGGAUGGAAACUGAUCAAGGAGAAAACCAACCUGGAACUAAGAAGAAUUUUCCUGACAGUUACAACAAUUAAUCAGGCGAAUGGUUUGGCUUCAGAAGUUGUGGGUGCUCACUCA